CUUAUUCGUGUGAGGUGAAAUUAUUAUUAUUAUACUAAUAGAUAAUAAUACAUUGUUACUAAUUCUAAGGUACUAAAUAUGCUGAUUUGUGGGUGUUUCUUUUGGAGUCAAACCAAGCAGGGUUUUCAGACCCUAUCGGUGACAUUUCAGCACUGGAACAAAACAGGGAAAUAAGUGGUCAUGUGGCGUAUGGAUUGUUUUGCUGAACAGCUUAGCUAGCUGCAUAGCUAGCUAAAGUAGCUUAUCAUUAAAUGUUAUAAAGCAGCAUAUUUUAAAUACAUGUGAAUCUUAAACUUCCAGCAGAGUCAUGAAUGGGAGUACAAAUCCGCUCUUGGACAAAGAAGAACAUGUUUUGAAGCUCGGAGAGAGCUUUGAGAAGAGGCCAAAAUCGUCAUUUCACACCAUCAGAUAUGAUUUCAAACCAGCUUCAAUUGACACAAGCUGCGAGGGAGAGUUGCAAGUCGGUAAAGGAGAAGAAGUCACCAUCACAUUACCUCACAUUCCAGGCUCUACACCACCCAUGACAGUAUUCAAAGGGAAUAAGCGGCCAUAUCAGAAAGACUGUGUUCUUAUCAUAAAUCAUGACACUGGGGAGUACAUGCUGGAGAAGUUGAGCAGCAGUAUCCAGGUCAAGAAAACCAGAGCGGAGGGCAGCAGUAAGAUCCAGGCCAGGAUUGAGCAGCAGUCGGUGCGUGCCACUGCCCCCCAGCCUCCAGCGCAGUUCCGUGCCCCCACUAAGCCUGGUGCAGGGGCCAAGACCUCCCCCUCCCCUUCCAAGGACAACCCCUCCCCUGAGCCCCAGCUAGAUGACAUCAAGAGAGAGCUGCGAGCGGAGGUGGAGGUUAUUGAACAGAUGAGUAGCAGUAGCGGCAGCAGCUCAUCUGACUCGGCCAGUGGCUCUGGUAGUGGGGACGACAGCUCCAGCAGUGAUGGGGAGCAUGACGCCCCUCAUCCCCAACCUGUCCCACUCCCUCUCCCCCACAUCCAGCCCUCCCCCAACCGUAACCCCAUGGCCAACGGAGGAGCAGACAGGCAACCGGGCAGCAACCAGCUGAUGAACACGCUCAGGAAUGACCUCCAGUUGAGCGAGUCAGGCAGCGACAGUGAUGACUGAACUGCCUCCAGUCUCUCUCCUGCUCACUCUCUCUACCUCUCAUUAUCACACCAUCUUGCUCCCUUCUUUCUUCUCUUUGCCUGGUGCCAUUUUUUCAUUGCUGUGGUAACUGACCCAACUGUAAAACCUGGUUUUAUUGUAUUUUUUAAAUCUCUGAGAAGCCGGCCAACCUGGAGAUUUAAUAGUGUAUUUUUGAUUAGCUGUAUAUUUUGAUUUGUAUUAAGAAUAUAUAUAUAUUAGAAUGCAUAUACAUAUUUUCUGUAGUUAGAGCUCCUAGUUGUAUCAACUUGUAUCACAAGUCUUUGUUUUCUUGUUUCAUCACAGGGGGAGGGGCUUAUUUGGACUAUAUCACCCCCAGCCUCCCUAUUUAUCUGCAAAUCAAAAGAAGGCACUGAAAGCAUUUCACCCAUUCCAUGUUUUUAUCAGUAUCAUGACACUUUCAAAAUCAGUCUUUUAAGAGGCAAGGAUACAGCUCACAUUGAUCUAAGCUAUAGAUGAUACUAAAGGACAUACUCAUAUUUUUUUACGUAGCAUCAGAUUCUAAAGUUUAAAUUUACCACUUACUAAAGGUUUUAGCUGGAAUAUUGACCUGUUCUGGUGAACAUCAGUAACAGGUAAUGGUAGUAAAUGAGCCUGGGUCAAUGCUUUACAUGUCAAAGCACUUUAGUUUAAUUGUAAUAUCACUUUCAGUAGUUUCCACCUAAAAUAUUUUGCAUUGCUUUUAACAGCACCUAACCAACACCCAGUACUUAGUUCACCAUACCCUUUAUCGCUGAUCUACUAUUUCCACAUCUAUCAUUUGACUUUCUGAUUCUGUCUCACUCAAUAGCUAGGUUUCCAUCCAAUUGGUGACAGAUUUUAAUGCGAAUGUUGUAAAAUCCGUAUAAAAACAAUAUGUGCAUAUUCCCACCAGAGAUGUUUGCAUCAAAUUGACUUGUUGGGGAUAACAGUAUGUGCGUGAUGACUUAUUGCACAUAAAAACAACUUUUGCGAUUGAAUUCCCAUGUACCGAAUAAAAAAUACAAGUUAAA